GCAGGAAAUCCUGGGUGUCUAAAAAAUGAAAUCCUUUCACUUGACGAGGUCACGGGGGGCUGGCCAGCAGCCAGGCACAGGGCUCCCAGCGCGGCUCUGCCCGUUCCUCUCUACGAGCUCAUCACUUCCUCCAGGACGCUUCUCUUGCGUGUAUUUCUGCACGCCACGAGAAGAGGCUUAGAUUUGCUUUUCUGCUCAGUAUUUAGUUUGCGCUACGCUUUGAGAAGGCCAGUAACGUCUUAAGACCUAUUGCAGCCUCCGAAUAUAAACCCCCCCUUUGCUGGGAGGAGGUUGACUUGACUGAGCCGCAUGAUCAGAGUCAGGUGACAAUAUUGGGCACAAAACCGGAGGAGAAUAAACAGUUGGGUGUAGGAGAUUAGCUGCUGAUCUUGCCUUUUGACAAGCUGUGUUACUCCUCAGGGAAAAAUGGGUGCGUGGCCCUCUCCUCUGCUUUGGAGCUUAACCACAGCGUGUUUAACAGGUAUUGCUUUAGGUCAGACAACCACCACCCAGGUCCCCAUUGCAUCAACCCCAGCACCUCCCAGCGCAACCACCACCCAGGUCCCCAUUGCAUCAACCCCAGCACCUCCCAGUGCAACCACCACCCGGGUCCCCAUUGCAUCAACCCCAGCACCUCCCAGUGCAACCACUACUGCCGCCUCUGCUCCCCCGACUGCCGCUGCAACGCUCUCAGCUGGAGCGGCGUCAACCACCGCAAACCUUGCCGCGUCCACGGCAGUACCGUCUGCCGAUCCAAGCACAAAAAAGCCUGCUCAGACUCUGCCCACCACCACAGACGUGACCGUCCUCGCCUCUGGCAGCACGGCCACCUCUCAAGCGCCUACAGGAGCGAUGGCCGCAUCCACCAGUGCCCCAGCAUCGCCUUCAGGUGUGACCACGUCUCCUGGGGUCCCGUCAGCAGCUCUGUUCCUCACCACCGCCAAGCCCUCGAACUGCAGUGGAGUGAACGUGACGGCCUGUGCCCGCUGCUCCCCGGGGACGUUUCCCAACGAAGGCACCUUGAGCUGCUCGUGCUGCGUGGGGGGCUCGUGCACAGACCCCGGUGCCUGCACCUCCUGCCCGCUGGGCCACUACCAGCCCGAAAGUGGGCAACCGUCGUGCCUGCCUUGUGCACAGGGACAUUAUGCCAACUUCACAAGGAGCACCACAUGCCUUCCCUGCCCGCCUGGCCAUUACGCUAAUGAAUCUGGGGCUGCAGUCUGCAGAGCAUGUGAGAAAGGCUAUUUUAGCUCCAAGCAAAAUGCAGCUUUUUGUGUGCCUUGCCUGCCUGGAUCAUUUUGCAACACCACUGCCUGCACGGCGUGUCUGCCUUGCCCGGGGGGCCAAGAGUCUCUUCAGGAAGGUUCGGAGGAGUGCGUGCCCUGCCUGCCAGGUAUGUUCAAAGGUCCCAGUGACAACAAAUGCAAGCUCUGCAGGACAGGAGAAUACCAAUUACAGCGGGGCAAGGAGAGCUGUGACCUGUGCCCAGAAAAUCACUACUGCCCUAGCCCAGAUGUGAACCCGGUCAAGUGCCCUCCCAAUGCCUUCUGCCCGGCGGGCAGUGCUGAGCCGGCGUACUGCAUGGAGGCCUUUCUUUACAAGGCAGGGGAUUCCUGCCAGCUGACUCCCCUGAUGGUCAUUCUCCUGGCCAUCUUCUCAGCAGGUGGAAUCCUUGCUGUCUUUCUAAUAAUUCUGAGAAGAAGGCAAGAAUAUAGCAAGAAAUCGUUAAAGUCUCUAUUGCUCCCCAGAGGCUCAGGACAACACACAACUUACGGGGGGACCAAACACACAGAACCAGUCUAUGCUGGCUGGUAGCACAGGACACGCUAUCAAUCAGCAAGCACCCUCUUCUUUUUCCUCUGUGUGUGUAUGGGGAGAAUGUUUAACCAUGAGCAACCUAUUUCUGUAUAGCUGAAAUAAGUGCUGAGAAUUUAAACUCAAUUUUUGAGCUGUGGCUACUUAUGCUAACCAACCCAGCUACUUGCUGUACUAAAAUGGACUGAUGGAAAAAG